AUGGCGAAAGGAAGCAGAGGAAAAGUAGACGCCGACGACUACCAGAGCCAGUCGUUGUCCAAGAAGGACCAGCGCAAGUUGAAGAAGCUCCAGGAGCAGAUCACAAGGGCCGAGCAAGAGGAUGAGUCUGAUGACGAAGACGUCGAAUCCGAAGUGGAUUUAGAGAAGUUGGCGGCAUCUGAAAGCGAGAGCGACCUAGACAGUGACGACAGUGAAGGGGAGGACAGCGAAAAUGAUGAGGAAGAGGAGAGUGGAAAGGAAGAUGAAGAAGAAGCGGAAGAAGAGGAAGAAGAGGAAGACAUUCCCCUUUCCGAUGUCGAUGUGGAUUCCGACGCCGACGUUGUUCCUCACACAAAAACAACCAUCAACAACAAAGCAGCAUUGAGGGAUGCUCUUGCGAGAAUCGAGCUUCCCUGGAGCAAGCAUUCGUUCCAGGAACACCAAUCGAUUGUCAGUGCCGAGAAGACUGAACUUUCCAUCAAAGACAUAUAUGACGACACCGAACGUGAACUUGCAUUUUACAAGCAGAGCUUGGACGCCGCCAAGCAGGCCAAGGCAACUCUCUUGAAACUCAAAGUACCGUUUUCUCGUCCAAUGGACUACUUUGCCGAAAUGGUAAAGACCGAUGAGCAUAUGGAUAAACUCAAGGCCAAGUUAUUGGAAGAGGCUGCCAACAAGAAGGCUUCCGAAGAGGCCAAGAGACAAAGACUGUUGAAGAAGUUCGGUAAGCAGGUGCAAGUUGCUACGUUACAAGAGAGAGCCAAGCAAAAACGGGAGACUCUUGACAAAAUCAAGUCUUUGAAGAGAAAGCGAGGAAGUGGUUUGACCAACGACGAUGAGUUCCAGGUUGCGCUCGAAGAGGCUACCAACGAGCACCAGCGGGAGAACAAGCGGGCUAAGCCCAAUGGCAAAAGAUUGGCCAAAGAUGCCAAAUUUGGCCAAGGCGGAAAGAAACGUGGGAUGAGAAAAAACGAUGCCACUUCUUCGGCAGAUGUUUCUGGGUUCUCCAACAAGAAGGGUAAGACGUUCAGACCGGGCAAGAGCAAGCGGUCCAGAAGAAAAUAA